CCGUGACUCAACGGAGUUCUCCGGUGUUACUAAUUCAUUACCCAUAAUCCACUUUGGCUUUCUUUACCAAGAGGGUUUGGUUUUUGCAUAACAAACGAAAAUUAUUUUGAAUUUCAAGACGAAAGCAGUUUUUUUAUUUUAUUUAUUUUUUUGUUGUUUGCUGAAGUGUGAUCUGUUAAUAGAAACCAGCAACAUUCUGGACGGACAGCAAGGACAGGGUGGUGCUUCUCCACAAGUAGGAGGAAGGGACGAGAGACCACCCCACUUAACUGGAUCGGAUGCUGCAGCAUCCAAACUGCCUGCUAACAGCAGAUGGAUUCCUCCAAGUAGUUUGAAAAGAGAUGUUCCAAUUCUUGAUGAUAAAAAUGAUGCUACAUUUCGUAAAGUUAGAGGAAUACUCAAUAAACUUACACCUGAGAAGUUUGAUAAGCUAAGUUUGGAACUACUCAAUGUAGGUAUAGAAACCAAUACCAUUCUCCAUGGAAUUAUUUUAUUGAUAUUUGAAAAAGCUCUUGAUGAACCCAAGUAUAGUUCUAUGUAUGCACAGUUAUGUCAUCAAUUAUGUGAAGAUGCACCAAACUUUGAUCCCUCAUCCUCUAGUGUAACUACAUUUCGUCGCCUCCUUUUAAACAAGUGUCAAGAUGAAUUUGAAAACAGAUCACGAGCUACAGAAGCUUUUGAUCGUAAAGAUGGACCCCUCACACCUGAAGAAACUGAACAAUAUCACCUGGCCAAGAGGAAAAUGCUGGGAAAUAUCAAGUUCAUUGGUGAACUUGGUAAACUUGAAAUGUUACAUGAAGGAAUUCUACACAAAUGCAUUAAACAGCUUUUGGAGAAGAAGAAAAGUGUUCCGAUCAGAGAUAUGGCAGAAGACUUUGAAUGCCUCUGUCAGAUAAUGAGAACCAUUGGCCGUCGUCUUGAUACAUCUAAGGCAAAGUCAUGGAUGGACCAAUACUUUGAAAGGAUUAGAAGUUUUUCAAUGCAUGAUGAAUUACCUUCAAGGAUUAGAUUUAUGCUUCAAGAUAUAGGAGAAUUGAGAAAUAAUAAAUGGGUUCCAAGACAUGUUUCUAAGGAUAAUGGACCGAGAACGAUAACUGAGAUACGUCUUGAAGCAUCUGAUGAAUUUGGUGAGUACAUUCCAACCAAACAAGGAAGAUUUACAGGACAUGGACAUAUGAAUGGUGGACUGCCACCACAAUGGGGGAGUAACCUGACAGAUCUGUUUGGAAUGUCAGGACCAGGAAUGGUUAUGGGGACAAUAGGCACAGGGACUGGACCGGGGGUUAUAAAUGAUUCACCAGGAUACAUGCCCAAACAAAAACAGGGAUAUGUCAACUACAACAAACAAAAUCAGAACAUGAUGGGAAGGACAGGGAACCAGAGACAGAAUGGUACGACAGGUAACCAGUCAGGGAGACUGUCACCACAAGCUCAACCUACACAACAGCAACAACAACAAAGAAAACAAGCAGGUCAACAGAGUAGGGAUUUGCCACCAAGGUUUGCUGCAAAACUGACACAACCCUCAACUCAGAUAACAGCGCCAUCUACCAACAAUCAAGUGCCACCUAUGGCCAUGAUGAAUGGUGUUGGUGGAUCCUAUCCACAAAAAGAGGAGAUCAGUUUAAGGCCUGCCAAAAACUUCAAUGUGUUCAAACCAACAUCUCCCAGCAAUUUGCCACGAUCUGCACAGGGGAUGCCACCUUCAAGUCAGAUGAGUAAAAUGGUAGUCACACCACCAGAGCCACCAAAGCCACUGCUUAAUAAACAGCAACCAAUUACUAUCAAGCAGGAAAAGGAGAAACCUAAGCCUGUUAAAAAGAUUGUACCUAAUAAAGAAGAGGUGGACAAGGCUACAACUAAUAUUCUGACAGAAUAUCUGGAGGCUGGUGGAUGUAAUGAUGCUCUCAAUACAUUUAAAGAUCUUAAUUGUCCAAAGAAAUUUAUGGGUGAAGUUUUGAUGAAGAUGAUGAAAGCUUCUGUGGAUAAAUCUGAUACAGAAAGAGAAAAUGUUAUGAUACUGAUAACUGCCAUGAAAUCUGAGAAUCUUAUAUUUUCUGAUCAGUUCAUGGAGGGAUUCCAGAUGUUACUGGAUCAAAUGUCGGCUAUGGAGGCUGAAACUCCCUUAAUUAAAACUUACCUGGCUAAGUUUGCUGCUAUGGGAGUGACAGAAGGGGUAAUUACUCUGGCAGAAUUGGCUGACCCAAUGGAGAAUGGUGCUUAUUACCCCUUGUUUCUCCUCUGUCUUCAACAGAUACAUAAAAUAAAGGACAAGAAUUGGCUGGUGGCAUCAUUUAACAACAGUAAAAUUAAUCUGCAGAAAAUGUUGCCAGAAAUCGAUCAGAAUAAGGAGAGAAUGAUGGAGAUAUUAGAGGACCGUGGACUGAGUUUUAUGUUCCCGUUAUUACGUGUGCAAUCUGAGUUGUGGCGACAGAUUCAGGCAGAACCAAAUGCCACUGCUCUGUACAAGUGGAUAAAGGAUAGUGUUGAUACAAACCUCCAAUAUACCACAGGAUUUAUUAAUGUUUUAACUGCAUGUGUGUUAAGAUAUGUGACCCAGGACUGUACUUUGGGGAAAGAUAUAGAUACAUCUGCUACUCCAGACAAGACAGGAAUUGAAAAAGAAAAACAGAACCUCGAUAAAAUGAAGGGAGUAUUACAGAUGUUCUUACAUGAUCAUUCAGAUCUCCAAAUGGUCACAUUGUAUGCUACACAAGUGUUCUGCCACUCACAACAAUUCCCCAAAGGGAUGUUACUAAGGUUGUUUAUGAACUACUAUGAUUUAGAGAUAGCUGAUGAAGAGGUGUUCCUAAAAUGGAAGGAGGAAGUAAAUGAUGAAUAUCCUGGUAAAGGAAAAGCUCUGUUUCAGGUUAAUACUUGGCUAACCUGGUUAGAACAGGCAGAAGAAGAAUCUGAUGAAGAGGAAGACUAAAUGUCACUUCUUACAAAAGAAAUCAUUAAAGGGAGAUAAUUAAUUUACAGGAUAACAAAAUAAAACAGAGUGAAAAGGGAGACAAUUCACAAAUUGGAUUAUAUAUUUACUGUUAUACAGGAAAGUUCAACCAGCUGGCUAUUUAUAUCAAACUUGAAAAUACUGUGAAAAACAAUUCUUUUGUUAUAACUUUUUGACAUUUUAUAUAUUUAUACAUAACUCAAGCUGACUUGGCAACUUUCCUGGAGAUUACUGCUUUGUGAAUGGCUCAGUUAUUAGUAGUUCAAGAAAACAGACAAAAGUUUGUAGCUAGGAGAAAGACAUUUGAUCAUAAAUUAAAAACUUGAAAUUUCAUAUUUCUUGCUUGAACAGUAUAUAUUGCAGUUUGGGUCAAACUGUUGAUUGUAAGCCUGGAUUAAGUGAUUGCGUGUGAUAACAAGUGCACAUAUGGAUGGCUUUAUUUGACCCAUGACGCAAAAUGUUCUGCAAGUGAAUUAAAUCAUGAAAUUAUCAAUACUAACAGAAAUCAGAUUUUAUACUAAUAUAGCUUUAUAUUAUGAUUUAUUAUUUUUUGGAAUAUAAGGAUCUCAAAAAGCAUUUAUAUGUAUGUUUUUGUAAAGCAUUUGAUUGCUGGAUUAUAGAUAUCUGUCAGAGAAAUUUAAAUGAAACAUUAGUUAGAAUUUUUAAGUAUGAAAGAGUUAUUAACAAUUGUGAAAGGCUAUAAAUAGAAAUUUAUUUGUACACUGCUUAUCUGCAUAUUUUUACACUGCCUUGAAAGAAUUAUUGUUCAUCAUUAUAUUUAUACAUGUUUAUGUUACUCUCAUCUGUGCAAAAAAAAAUGUCUAAAAAAUGUAGAAAAGCAUGUUCCAUUUCAUUCAGUUUUAUGUAUGAAAAAAUAUGUAAAAAAAUAUCCUCAUUGCUGCUUAACUUGCUUCAUAAUUUCCCAUAGUUCUCCUGAUAUUUUCAGUUUACAUCAAGAGGUUUGUCUUAGUAUUAUAGUUAACAUGUUUGGUUCUCAUUUCUGAAGCAAAACUUGUAAAUUAUCUUCAUCAGAUUACAGUACAGUUAAGAUCCAAUGUUAAUUUAAGGUUAAGUUUUUACACAGAAUAUUUUGUACUUUUCACAAUACUUUAGUUUCAAUUCAAGGUUUACGAGAAAAAUAAGAUAACAUUUGUAACAAAAAUUAAGUGACAAAGUUUCUUCCAUAUUCUUAAUUUCCUUUGACAUUAAAUUUUGAUUUCAAUUUAAGCUAGGGUUUUUCUGACCUGCCAAAGAAUGAAGGUCCAUAUUUGCUUGUUAUUUAAGGACAAAAUCAUUUUCUAAAUGGAAUCUAUGGGGUUACUUUAUCAUCAUUCAAACAUAAUAAAAUUUCAAACUUUAUUACACCCUUGCAAAAUUUUUGAAUGUCUUGACAUAUACAUACAUUGUAGGGGCUAAUAAAAGUCCUUCUUCACCAGUGUGAUUAGCAGGGCUGUGAAUGCCUAAGUUGUGUAUUUGCUUCUUAGAUUCAAUUAUCUCUAACAUAUGAAAUGUCAUUAUCAUCAAUGAAAAAUAUUAUUCAUUUAUCAUAAAAAAAAAUAAUUCUCAAGUGACAUAUAAGAUAUAAGAUUUUAUCAUAAUAUUUUGUUCACUGAUCCAACUAGCCUGAAUCAUCAUUAAGAGGCUCUAUUUCUAGAGUAUAUCUAGAUUCAACUGUUUCCACUUUGUUGUUAUGAAACUUGUUGACCAUCAAAAUUUAUCUGCAUUUUUUGUAUUAGCCCUUUUUAUCGCUAUUUUGUGCAGUUUUCCAUUGAUCUUAUAAUAGAGUUUAUAAAAGGAUCAUGUAAUCAAAUUUAUUUUGAAUUCCUAAAUGCCAGUAAAUGAAAGUAAAAAAAUAAGUAUAUUUAUCAAUUAUGAUUAAAUCUGUUAGAAUUUAUAAACUGAUACAGUAUGAGUGGUGAUCUUGUAGUUAUUAACAAAUUCCUGCUUGUCCAUUGAUUAAAUCACUUUGUGAGAAAUAAUAUUAUAAUUUCAGUAGAAGUAGAUCAAAUGAUUGAGUGAUUACCAUCAAAUUUAUCUGCAUUUUUUGUAUUAGCCCUUUUUUAUUGCUAUUUUGUGCAGUUUUCCAUUGAUCUUAUUUUGUGAUAAUUUUUCAUAUCAUGCUAUUGGCUUGAGAUGGUAAAUUAUCGCUAGAAAAUAAGCAGGCACGUGGCAUUGCUAACGAAAUUGGUAUGAAAUUGACAACGUCGUCAUAGGUAAAAUAGCGAUAAACAGAUUAUCAUUGGUCAUCUCAACUCGAUUGCCUUUCUCGCAUUUGCUGACCCGGCUCAAGCGAGAAAAUCAAUCUCAUUGAGAUGAUCAACAAUAAUCUAUAAUUCUCAUCAAUAUUAAUGGUUGAAAUGUAUAGACAACCAUAAACAACAACAAAUGAGUAAGAUAAAGUUAACAUCCGAUUUCUUUUUUUCAUUAUAAGUAUCUCAAUGUGUCUUGAUUAAUAUAAAUCAAAUAGAUAAUAGAGUUUAUAAAAGGAUCAUAUAAUCAAAUUUAUUUUGAAUUUUCAAAUGCCAGUAAAUGAAAGUAAAAAAAUAGUAUAUUUAUCAAUUAUGAUUAAAUCUGUUAGAAUUUAUAAACUGAUACAGUAUGAGUGUUGAUAUUGUAGUUAUUAACAAAUUCCUGCUUGUCCAUUGAUUAAAUCACUUCGUGAGAAAUAAUAUUAUAAUUUCAGUAGAAGUAGAUCAAAUGAUUGAGUGAUUACUUAGUUAUAGAUGAUAACUUACAGGAACAUGACUGUUCAUAUUGUAUACCACUGUAGUCUUCUUAGGUUUGAAUUAAAUUGGAAAGGUUUCUAAAAAGAGAGAAGUGUUGAACAAUGGGAGACAAUCAGUUUAGGUUCAUAUUAUAAGAUCCUGAAAGAGAGUUUUGUUACAAGGUCUGUAAAGUUUAUCUCACUGUCUUCUUUUGCAAGUACAUUUAGGGAUGACUUCGUACAUUUACAGAAGCUGCAACUUACUUACAACUUUUUUUAGUGAAGACAAUUCUACCAUAAGAUACAUGUAUGCUUCAUUAAUAGAUAUUUAAAAGUUACAUGACAAAGCGUCUUUAAUACAUGUUAUUGCUUGCUCACUCUUACUUAUUUUUUGUUUAACUUGGUGGUAUAUUACCUGUUGUGAUUUUGAAACAGUCUUACUUUUAUUUGAAACAGUCUUACUUCUAUUUGAAACAGUCUUACUUUUAUUUGAAACAGUCUUACUUUUAUUUGAAACAGUCUUCUAUUUGAAACAGUCUUACUUUUAUUUGAAACAGUCUUACUUUUAUUUGAAACAGUCUUACUUCUAUUUGAAACAGUCUUACUUCUAUUUGAAACAGUCUUACUUUUAUUUGAAACAGUCUUACUUCUAUUUGAAAGAUUUUUUUUAUCAAAGGCAUUUGUAAAUACUGCCUAUCAGCAUUGAGCUCCUAGAUUUGUUUGAUAAACUGUGUAUAUAUAACUUCAGGUGCAAGUUGGUGAAGAAAGUAUAACCAAUGUAAAUGCCCACUAUCAACAGCUUUAGCACAUAUUCACUUGAUUUGCAUAAUAAAUAGAGGAAUGAUUCAAUGAUCUGAAAGGGCAAUUUAUAAGCUCAAUGUAGAUGGUUAGUACUGGUCAAAAUUCAGGAAAUUAUCAUGUUUUUUUUAAAUUUCAUACUAAAUAAGAUGACAAAAUUUCUAAAUUCCUUGAAGAUGUUUAUUCUUUUACUGAAAUCUGUGAAUAAUUUGAAGAUCAUGACAAUUUCUAUUCUUGUACAUUGAUUAUUUAUGAUUAAUUUGGAUACAGAUUACUUGUUUCCAAAAUGAUUUUGAAAGAGUUAAAAGAAGUGUUUUGUUGGGAAUUUCCUGAAAUAAUUGUAAACAUUUUCUUUGAAUUUGUCAAAUUAUGCAUUGAUAAGAUUUCAGUGUACUGUUUUUGUAACUUUCUAUUGUCUUGUAGAAAAUUUAUGUCAAUAAAAAAGAUUUAUGUUA